AUGCCUGCCCCAUCGCCCAGCACGAGGAAAGCCCGUACUUGUCCGUACUGCAAGCGCGAGUUUCGCCGCCACGAACACCUCCAACGCCAUGUUAGACUGCACACCAAAGAAAAACCCUACGCAUGUGCGUGCGGGGAGACCUUUGCAAGAAGAGACCUCUUGAAGCGCCACCGUGGUCUCGUGCAUGGAGGCCUCGAGCCAUCUCCAUCCCCACAUGGAGAUACAAGGUCUCCCCAGGUUGGUGUCGCAUCACCAGCACAAUCCCACGGGAAAGUUACGGCAGGGCCCCCAUCAGUCACUCCCCAUCGUGGAGACCCAUUUGUGUAUUAUCCAUUGUCAGCUCAGCCAGGAGAUAGUGCAUCCUUCAUCCCCACCGAGGCUGCAACGGGUGGCGACGAACCUACCAUUAAUACCAUUCAAGACUCAACUGUAUUAUAUCCCGCAACUUCAGAGCUCUAUCCUCCAUUGGAAGAAUUCAGCGAAUUCAUCAACAGUAUGGGUCUUGCGCUUGAUCUUGACAGCCCUUUGAACUUGGGCGGUCUUUUGCCGGAGCACGAUCCUCCCCCUGAUACUACCCAUAGGGUUAGCAGGAAUAUAUCAAGCGCUCCAAUUACCAGAGCUGACCCUGAUGAAGACCAAAUCGAGUCUCCUAACCGGGCACAAAUGCCGACGUUGCUUCCGAUACCGUUGAAUCCCUGGAUACAGGCAGCCGUUUAUAUACCACUUUUAAAGAUAACCGAGAGCCAAAGAGCAAAUAUUGUACAGGAUCUCGAGCCAUUUCAACAUCUAUUAUCCGGAUUCACCUUACCGUCCAGAGAGUCGAUGACUCGGUUCUUGAAUGCUUACUUUGACGGCGUAUAUCUUCACUUGCCAUUCAUACAUUGUGCUUCAUUCAACCCGGAGAAGAACCCCUUAGAGCUUGUUCUAGCAAUGGCAGCAACAGGCGCGCAGUAUAGGUACGAACAUCGAAAAGGUCGUACGCUUUACCACGCAUCUAAAAUUAUCUUCCACGAGAAGCAGAAGGCCAGACAUGCGCUUUCAAACAAUCACGAGUCGACCGCGGCCUUGAAUACCACCGGAGCACACUCAUCAAGUUCAAACACUACAGACGAUUUAAGAUGCCUCCUCAAUCUUAUAAUCUACGCCACCUGGCAGCAAGAUGUUGAGCUUGUGCGCGAUGCGUGCGAUAUGCAGAGCAUCCUAGUUCGCCUGUUGAGGGAUAGUGGGCUGGUCGAGGAAAGGAGCACAACCACUGACAUUUCCAGUCUUGACUGGCAAACAUGGCUCCAACUGGAAUCGGACCGCCGCGUCAAGCUCUUUUCUUUCGCUUUUCUGAACCUACAAAGUAUUGCGUACAAUCUGCCACCGAUAUUUCUUAGCAGCGAAAUCAACCUGCGGCUGCCAUGUACCUGUGACGAAUGGCGUACGGUAGAUCAAUCCCAUUGGAAGCAGGUCAGACAGUCCAUCCAUCAAGAUCAGAGUCUCUUCCAGGAUGCACUGUCGUUUCUGCUAGAGGACCAGAAUGAUACGCAUGACGCUUCCCUUCAGCCAACCCCGUCACCCACGGCUAGUCUACUUCUGAUACAUGGGCUGUUGCAAAGAAUUCUGCUCAGCCGACAAGCAUCCAUGUCCCGUACAGUGCCACAGGUGGAUAUAUUCACAAACGCCCUGCGCCGAUGGACUUCACGAUGGCAACUGGCACCAGAAUCCAGCCUCGACCCAUUAAACCCAAAUGGCCCAAUUCCCUUUACAUCAACAGCCCUACUAGGAUUAGCGUAUGCCCGUCUAGAACUGGACCUGGGACCAGCCAGAAUGCUGAAAACGCGAAACCCGCGGGAGAUCGCUCAAGGGCUUCUGCGGUCUCCAUCUAUAGAGCGCGGACCGCAUCUACUCCCAGCGUUACUCCACGCUACGCAUGCACUCAGUAUUCCUGUGAAACUGGGAGUUGAAUACGUCUCCCGAAGCCAGGCGUUUGUAUGGAGUAUUCAACAUGCGCUUUGUGGGUUAGAGUUUGCGGUCUUGCUAGAUAAGUGGUUGAAAGCGAUAGGGAGGUCAAUGGAUGAGAAGCCUUUAGAAGAACACGAACAACGGAUACUCGAUUGGAUCCGCCGAGUCGUAGAAGAAGGGCGAUCAUCUGUCGAAGAUGAGGAUACGAUGCCGGAGGCCUUGAACUGUAAUCGCUUGGCCUUCUUUGUCGUAAGGCUCUGGGCGCGCAUUAUGCGUGGGAAUGCGCAGUGGCCGUUUGUGGAUGUUAUAGGACAGAGUCUGGAGUUGUAUGCGGAGGCCCUGGACACUAUUCACCCAGUGUCAUGA